AUGACCUCGCUGGCCUCCCGGCUCUCUGGUUUCCAGGACGACCACUCCAUGUUCUUCCAGUUCGGGCCGUCCAUCCAGCAGCAGGCGUCGGUCAUGUUGAACAUCAUGGAGGAGUACGAUUGGUCCAUCUUCUCCGUGGUGACCACAUACUACCCUGGAUACCAGGACUUUGUCAACAAGGUGCGCAGCACCGUGGAGAACAGCUUCGUUGGCUGGGAGCUGGAGGAGGUGAUCCUGCUGGAUGUCUCGGUGGACGGAGAAGGAGACACCAAGAUGCAGAACCAGAUGAAGAAGCUGCAGAGUCCGGUGAUCGUGCUGUACUGCUCCAAGGAGGAGGCUAGCGUCAUCUUCCAAGUGGCCCACUCCGUGGGACUGACCGGCUACGGCUACACCUGGAUCGUGCCCUCGCUGGUGGCCGGCGAUGCAGAAUUUGUGCCCGCCGUCUUCCCCAUCGGUCUCAUCUCGGUGUCGUACGACGAAUGGGAUUACAGCAUCGAGUCCAGGGUACGCGAUGCGGUGGCCAUCAUUGCCACGGCGACGUCCACCAUGAUGCUGGACCGGGGACCACACACCCUGCUGAAGUCAAGUUGCCACGGGCAACCGGACAAGAAGGGCGCCAGUUUGGCCAAUUCCAACGAAGUGCUUAAGUAUCUGAUGAAUGUGACGUUUGAGGGGCGUAACCUGUCGUUUAGCGAAGACGGCUACCAGAUGCACCCCAAGCUGGUCAUCAUUCUGCUAGACAAGGAGAGGCGAUGGGAUAGGGUGAUUAUCUGCCUGCAUUGUCUUCUGUUGAAUUCACCCUUGUCUCCUCUUUUGUAUGUCUUGUAUUGUUGUUGUUGUUGUUGUUGUUGCUGCUGCUGCUGCUGUUUGGUUGGGCUGAUUGCUGUCUUGUUAUGUCUGCUUCUGAAGUACCUGUUAGCCUGUCACCUAGCCUGGCCUCACUUUAAAUCUCCCACUCUCUCUCCAUGCCCAUGUCACUGUGUCUCUCUGUCGCUUCUCUUUGCCUCUGUCUCUGUCUCCAUCUGUGUCUUUGUCUUUCUCUCUCUCCCUCUCUUUCUCUCCCUCUCUCUCUCUCUCUCUCUCUCUCUCUCUCUCUCUCUCUCUCUCUAUGUGUUUCUCAUUCUCUCUCAUGAUCUCUCUAUCAAUCUGUCUCUCUGUCUCUGUUGUUGUCUCUCUCACUCACUUACGAUUGUAAAGACUAGCGCUCACACACACACAAAAUGGCUUUCUCUCAUUAACACCUGAUGGCUCUCUCUCUCACUCUCUCUCUCACCUGAUGAUUAUGUCUCUCUCUCUCUCUCACCUGAUGUGUGUUUCUGUCACUCUCUCUCCCUCUCUCGCUCACACAUGAUGACUCUCUCACUCUUUCUCUCUUACCUGAAGUGUGUGUGUCCCUAUCUCUCGACCGAUGUGUGUGUGCGUGUCUCUCUCUCUCACCUGAUCUCUCUCUCUCACCUGAUCUCUCUCUCCCUCCUGAUCUGUUUCUAUCUCACUCACACCAUAUGUGUGUAUCUCUCUCUCUCUCUCUCUCUCUCUCUCUCUCUCUCUCUCUCUCUCUCUCUCUCUCUCUCUCUCUCUCUCUCUCUCUCUCUCGCUGUCUCUUUCUCUCUCAAACACCUGAUGUGUCUCUCUCUCUUUCUCUCUCCCUCUUUUUCUCUCACCUGAUGUGUGUCUCUCUGUCUCUCUCUUUCUUCCACACACCUUAUGACUCUCUCCCUCUUCCUCUCUCUCCCCUGACGUGUGUCUCUCUCUCUCGGACUCCCUCACUCCGACCUGAUGUCUCUCUCCCUCUUCCUCUCUCUCCCCUGACGCGUGUCUCUCUCUCUCUCUGUCUCUCUCUCUCUCUCUCUCUCUCUCUCUCUCUCUCUCUCUCUCUCGGUCUCCCUCACUCCCACCUGAUUUCUCUCUCCCUCUUCCUCUCUCUCCCCUGACGCUUGUCUCUCUCUCUCUGUCUCUUUCUCUCGGUCUCCCUCACUCCCACCUGAUGUCUCUCUCCCUCUUCCUCUCUCUCCCCUGUUGCUAACUCUCUCUCUCUCUCUUUCUCCCUCACUCCCACCUGAUGUCUCUCUCUCUGUCUCUCUCCCCCCUGACGCGUGUCUC